AUGGCGAAUACGAAAGACGAACCUGUCAUCCUCGCACACGAGUGUUAUGUAAAAAAGGAUUAUACAGGAGCAUUGCAACAUCUCAACGAAUUGGAAACUUUAGUUGGUACGAGUAACAAACGGGUACAGCAUAAUAAAGCGGUGGUUGAGUUCAUGAUAAGUGAUAUGAAGAAUGUGGACAAGUUGAAAAAGGCUAUCGCACAGUUAACAGGCCUCGUAUUUCCAGACAUCGAAACGAAAGAUCUUAGCUCACCAUUCUUGUUAUACAACUACGCUGUUUUACUGUAUCAUUCGAGAUACUACUACCAAUGUACUGUGCUCUUAGAGAGACUACUCGCUUGUAAGAAUGUCAAAGACAACAAGCUAUUCCAACAAAUUGUUCUACUGCUGUUAGAAGCUUCUCUGUGCAGGAGAACUUAUGAGAAAACAUUGGAAAUAGCAAAGGCACAUGGUGAUCCUUUGAAAUCUAAUAGUGAUGUGAGUGAGCUCUUUGAGAGGCUUGUCAGUAGAGCCCAGUUAUUAUUGGGCCAGAAAAUGAAGUUAACUCUCAAACCUGACUCCAUAGAAAAUGUAUUUAUUAUAGCACAACAACAUUAUCUGAAUGGUGAUGUAAAAGAAGCAGCAAGCACACUAGGUCAGUACAAAACUAUCAAAUAUAAUUAUGAUUUGAAAACCCAGGGAGAAGAUAUUUGGGCAGCCAUCAACAAUAAUCUCGGAGUCAUAUAUCUGUCAAUAAAGAAACCUUUUUUAGCAUCAAAAUAUUUCCAACAUGCUGUCAAAGAGCACUUCAAGGCCAUGGAAUGUGAGGACAGUGAAAAGUUAAUAGCAUGUAGAGACAGGCCCCUGUAUGUGUAUAACCUGGGCCUGGCUCUACUAGCUGCAAACAACUCAGAAGGAGCAUUUGAGUGUUUAGUAGAAGCAGCACGACACUACCCUAACAAUCCUCGGAUUUGGCUGCACUUGGCAGAAUGUUGUGUGAAGAAAUGUUGCAGUGAGGAAGUUCAGCAAUACACAGUAAAGAAACUCGGCAGUGGGCCACACACUCGAAUUUUAUUGUCAAAGGAAGGAAAAGGAGACAAAUACUCAACAUCGGGGGAAUCAUUUGCAAUUCCCUCAUUGUCAUUAGAGUUUGCUGCAUUAUGUUUAAGAAAUGCUAUAACAUUACUACCAAAUCAAGAAGCACCAGCUGAUGUGACAGCACCAAUCAUUCAGGCGCCUCCUGGCCCUCCAAUCAAUUGGAAACAGAGGUGUGAAUUGAAAAACUCCACAUUUGUCCUUCAAAGUUAUGUCUUACUACAUUUACAGGAUCCUCUGUCCGCUUUGGUGAGUGCAAAUGAGUUACUAAGUCAACCUGAGGCAUCCAGCUGCCAUAAGGCCUGGGCACACAUAUAUGCAGCGGAAGCUCUCAUCAAUUUGGACCGAAUAUCAGAUGCCAUUGAACACUUACACCCACCUAUGAUUCAUGAACUUGUCACAGUAAUGCCAUACCAAAUGAAAGACUUGAUAGCAGUCAGUGUAUGGGCAAAGGCAGCAGUCUGUCACAUCCUAAGAGGUGACUUAGUGACGGCAAGAAAAAUACUUUUGCAAAUAAAUUCACCCAGAGUAUUACCAUUACAAAUGUAUUUAGAGAUUUGCACAGGAAAUGUAGAGAAUUGCCACACACUACUCAGAAAACUUAGAAUUACUAAUUUAUCACAAUGA